UCAUGCUGCUGCCAAGUCCAGAGUCUCUCAUGGGUCCCUGUACGGCCUCCCAUUGCUGCUGUCUCCAUCGCCACACUCUGCUGCCAUGUGCCACUUUCAGGUCUCUUCACACUGCUGGUGUGUUAAAUUUUUUGACAUAGGGUGCAGGCAGAUUACGGGCCUCACAUAGCUGCUGCCAGGCCCCUAAUCUGCCAUGGGCCCCUAUAUACCGCCUCCUCAUGCUGCUGCCAAGUCCAGAGUCUCUCAUGGGUCCCUGUACGGCCUCCCAUUGCUGCUGUCUCCAUCGCCACACUCUGCUGCCAUGUGCCACUUUCAGGUCUCUUCACACUGCUGGUGUGUUAAAUUUUUUGAC